ACAAGUUUCGGGACCAUCAUCACCUCGCCUGUCUCCUGCUUCCAGGACCAGCCGUCACUGUUCUUUUGUGGGUAGCUCCUUAUUGCUGACCAGCCAUGACUUCUCAGAUUCAUCAGAAUUAUUCUACAGAGGUGGAGGCUGCCGUCAACCGCCUGGUGAACCUGCACCUGCGGGCCUCCUACACCUACCUCUCUCUGGGCUACUACUUUGACCGUGACGAUGUGGCUCUGGCAGGUGUGGGCCAUUUCUUCUGCGAAUUGGCCAAGGGGAAAGGAGAGGGCACCGAACCUCUCCUGAAAAUGCAGAACCAGCCCGGUGGCCGAGUUCUGUUCCAAGACGUGCAGAAGCCUUCUGAAGAUGAGUGGGGUAAAACCCUGGACGCCAUGGAAGCUUCCCUGGCCCUGGAGAACCUGAACCAAGCUCUUCUGGAUCUUUAUGCCUUGGGCUCAGCCAAGACAGACCCCCAUCUCUGUGAUUUCCUGGAAAACCACCUUCUAGAUGAGGAGGUAAAGCUCAUCAAGAAGAUAGGUGACCACCUCACUAACCUCCGCAGGCUGGCAGGCCCCCAGGCUGGGCUGGGCAAGUACCUCUUUGAAAGGUUCACCCUCAAGCAUGACUAG